AUGCAUGGGCUACUACGGCCAUGGCCGUGCGCCAUUGCCACGAUGCUGCUAGCUCUCGCCACGGUAGCGUCUGUCGUCGCUGCCGGAACGCAAGACGAAGCGGCGGCAUCGAGGGAUCACAAUGUGACCAUCGACGUGUCGAGGAUAGCUGUCUCGGCGGCGGCGCCGCCCUGGGGCGUGAACGUCUCGGCCAUCUGCCUGUCGACGCCGUACCCGAGCGCGUGCGAGACGGCGCUCUCGUCGCCGGCGUCGGGGUCGGCCAGGGACCCGUUCGCGGCGUCCGUGCAGUUCGCGAUGGCCCGUGCCGCGUCGGCGCGCACGCUGGCGAGGAACCUCUCGGGGGCGUCCUCGUCGUCGCGACGUCUCCGUAGCGCGCCGCCGUCGGGCGCGGAAGACUGCGCCGAGCUGCUCGACAUCAGCCUCGACCAGCUCGGCGACGCGCUCGCCGCGGCCGCGGGCGACGCGGACGGGGUCACCACGUGGCUCAGCGCCGCGCUGACGAACCAGGGCACCUGCGUCGACAGCCUCGCCGCCGACACGGUCUCCGCGGGGCGCGACGCCGUGCGCGCGCGGGUCUCCGCGCUCACCCAGUUCAUCGCCACGGCGCUGGCCCUGCACGUCAACAAGCUCAACGCCGACGCGCGCGGCGGCGGCGGCAGCCCACCGCCGUCCGGAGCGCCCACGCCGACGCCACCAGCGUUCCCGUCCUGGGUAACCGAACACGACAGGAAACUCCUGGAGGCCUCCGCGGGAGCGACGAGCGGCGUCACCGUUGACGCAGUGGUGGCGCUCGACGGCAGCGGGACGCACAGAAGCAUCAACGAGGCGAUCGCGGCUGUGACGGCGGCGAACGGCGGUGGCCGCCGCGUCGGAGGGGGAGGCGGGAGGAAGGUGAUCCACGUGAAAGCCGGGCGGUACGAGGAGAGCGUGAGCAUCUCGAGCAAGCAGAAGAACGUGAUGCUGAUGGGCGACGGCAAGGGGAAGACGGUGAUCGUCGGCCACAAGAGCGCCGCCGACGGCUACACCACCUACGCCACCGCCACCGUCGCUGCCAUGGGCUCGGGCUUCAUCGCCAAAGGGCUCACCAUCGUCAACAGCGCCGGGCCAGGGAAGGGCCAGGCCGUUGCGCUGCGCGUCGGCGGCGACCUCUCCGUCGUAUACCAGUGCGCCAUCCAAGCGUACCAGGACACACUCUACACGCACUCCAACCGCCAGUUCUACGCCGAGGACGACAUCGCCGGCACGGUGGACUUCAUCUUCGGCAACUCCGCUGUGGUCAUCCAGAACUGCGACAUCCAGGCUCGGAGGCCAAGCCCGAGGCAGAAGGACACGGUCACGGCCCAGGGCCGGACCGAUCCGAACCAGAACACCGGGAUCUCCAUCCACAAGUGCAGGAUCACCGGGGCGCCGGACCUCGGCGGCACGCCGGUGUAUCUGGGCCGUCCGUGGCAGAAGUACUCGCGGACGGUCGUGAUGGAGAGCUUCCUCGACCGUUCGAUCUCGCCGGCGGGUUGGCUAGAGUGGUCGGGCCAGUUUGCCCUGGACACGCUAUACUACGGUGAGUACAGUAACACCGGGCUUGGUGCCGGGACAAGUAUGCGGGUGACAUGGACUGGGGUGCACACGUCACUGUCCAGAUCAGAAGCCACGAGGUUUACCGUGGCGAAUUUUAUCAUGGGAGACUCGUGGUUGGGUGCCACUGGAGUGACCUAUACUUCUGGACUGUGA